GAAGAAAGAAUAAGAGGAAGAAGAAGAAGAAGAAAAAAGAACAAGACUCAAUCAGCUGUUCAUCCCGCGUUAACAACAACAACAACAAGACUCAGUCAGCUGUUCAUCUCGCGCCGGUCAGGUCAGGUCACCAUGUCGCUGGCUUCUAAGGUCACGUUCGGGGCGGCUUGUUGUGCGACUUUUGGAAUUGUUGGCUACGUACACCUCAAGCAGAGUAUUGACAGAGAGCGGCUGCACGAGGGGGUCAUCAAGGACGUGGAGCGACAGCAGCGACGGAAGGCCGAGAACUUGUACGUCCUCCAGCAGCAGAGCGACCUGGCUAAGCAGUACCGGCAGGAGCAGAGGCAGCAGGAGAGGCAGAGAGCAGAGGGAGAGAGAGAGGCAGAUACCAGCUAGUGUUGAGGAGGAGACAGAUGUGGCCGAGGGAAAUAUACACUCAGAAAAACACUGCACUGCGCUUUGCUAUACACCGGAGACAGUUACGAAUGGCGAAAGUAAACAUGUACGAACAGAACUAUAUCGUGUUUUAGCCGAAGACAGCCAGUUAUGUUAAAAUAGCCUGUCGGGUUUGCUUCAUAAUCUUGAGUUUAAUAAAUGUGGAUUGAAAAGGAGACUGUCUAUUUCUGGUUCAUAAUUCAACCACAAAAGGAUAUUUCUGGUUCAUAAUUCAACCACAAAAGGAUAUUCCUGGUUCAUAAUUCAACCACAAAAGAAUAUUUCUGGUUCAUAAUUCAACCACAAAAGGAUAUUUCUGGGUCAUAAUUCAACCACAAAAGGAUAUUUCUGGUUCAUAAUUCAACCACAAAAGGAUAUUUCUGGUUCAUAAUUCAACCACAAAAGGAUAUUUCUGGUUCAUAAUUCAACCACAAAAGGAUAUUUCUGGUUCAUAAUUCAACCACAAAAGGAUAUUUCUGGGUCAUAAUUCAACCACAAAAAGAUAUUUCUGGUUCAUAAUUCAACCAAAGAUAGUUUAAAUAAAUGUGGAUUGAGAAGGACUGUCUAUUUCUGGUUCAUAAUACAACCACAAAAAGAAAUUUCUGGUUCAUAAUUCAACCAAAGAUAGUUUAAUAAAUGUGGAUUGAAAAGGAGACAGUCUAUUUCUGGUUCAUAAUGCAACCAUAGAUGAAAUACAUGAGUGAAUUUAAAGAUUUAGUUCCAGUAGUUGAUAGUACGACAAGCUAAAAAAAAUAGGCUGUCAGAUUUCGUCCAUUUCGAGUUAAAACUGUGGAUUGAAAAGGAGUCUAUUUCUGGUUCAUAAUUCAACCACAGAUAAAAUACAUGAGUGAAUUUAAAUAUUUAGUUGAUGUAGUUGAUAGCAUGACUAGACAACAAAAAUAGGCUAUCAGAUUUUGUCCAUUUAAAGUUCAAAAUAAAUGUGGAUUGCUAUAGAUCUUGUCAAGCGAAUGAGUUUUACGAGACUAGCUUAUUUACGAGAGACGGCUCAUCUCUCCUCCACAUUACCCAGGCUACGAUACACAUGUUUUUAAGGCAAUACGAUAUGAUCACCGAAUCUGCCGUGAGUAAGUACGUACGUAGGAUAAGGAAUGCAAUAUACUUUUAAGUUUUGUGUAUUUACAUUUGUACCAGCAACUUUUGAGGCUUGAGACAAAUGUUUACAGUCGAAGGGGAUAUAUUAGCUUACGUAUGUAUGUACAGUUCACACUCAGGCUAUACGAAUACACAGAAAACGGAGAUGCGUAACGGAACUGACGCCCGGGUUGUGGGGUCGAAGGUACACUCGGAAUUAUACACGGAGUAGAAUUACGUAAAGGGAGAGGGUCGGUCGCGGGUACGAAGCAAGUGUUUGUGAAGGUACGACUCUGAACUCAUCUCUAUCGAAGGUUUGCAGGUGUGAUAAUGAGAUGAAGGUAAGUAAUUGACACACACACACACACACACACACACACACACACACACACACACUCGACAGGUUCUCUCUGCCGCACAAACUCUUAC